AUGCUUGUGUUACUAACCAUAAGUGUUAUUCUUUUACUACUUCUAUAUGUCAAACUCAAAUAUUUUACUCUUCGUGGCCCUAUACCGGGUCUAUCACCACAUUUUCUCUUCGGUAAUCUAAUUCAAUCUGGUAUGCUGCUGAAUGGUAAGCCUCCACCUGCAAUCUUCGCAGAAUUCAAAUCUCGUUAUGGGGAUAUUUAUCAAUUUUGGUUUGGUCCUACUCGUUACAUUGUCGUUAGCAAUGUCAAUGAUAUUCAGCAUAUAUUUACCCAUCGACAUAUUUAUGAUCAAGGCAAGAUUUUCAUUGAACAGUUCAGUAUUCUAUUUCCAAGUGGAUACGGUACUUUAACAGGUUAG